AUGGUAAUGUCGCCCAGCAGACGACUGUCUUCGCCAGGAAUCGCUGCUCACCCUAUGAAUAUGCAUUUGAGCUCCCUGCAACUGAAUUCCCAGCUGCAACUGAACGCUCAAAUGCACCAAAAGCUGACGGCUGGACUGACACCGAAUCAUAUGAGUGGAUUUUUUAAAAGCCCUUCGACUUCUCCUGGUAGCAUUAAUGCGAAUAUGAGCAACAGUGGCGCUAGCGCCUUGACUAACUCCAGCCACGCCUCGUCUAACGCGACAUCCAACGUUAAUAGCGAUCGUAGUUCUCGUGAUAACACCACACCCACCGGCGGUAAUAGCAGCAAUAGCAUGCCUUCCGUCACUGAGUUAUCCACACAUCCGCUCAAUCGGCUACAAUCAAUGCAGCCUUUCGACUUCCGCAAACUGUCGGCCGCCGCCGCCAGCCUGAGUAACUUCACGGCGGCAGGACUGCCACCACCGAGGCUCAGUCCGGAAGCAGCCGUCGCUCAGCAUCAUUUUAACCAGCACCAGGCAGCGGCUGCAGCUGCCUAUGCUGUGACAACAGCCAAAAGACGUAACUCACAGACAUCGCUUGACGCGCAAUCGGCUGUGUCCCGUGAGCAAGCUGCUGCUGCGGCAAAUUUCAUGAACCUUUCAAUGAGUGGGCACGGCCUUCCUUUUCCUCUUGCGCCACCGCCGCCUCCUACCUCGGUAGCUAUGUCGCUAGCGAACUCGCUAAAUCACUCCGCGGCAGCAAUGGCGGCUGCCGUGUCCGGCAAUCCAUUGGCGGCCAGUUUUGUAGCUCAAUCGUUUCCGAAUCUUUUGGCAGCUUCAACAGCUCGCGAAUCAAGUCGCAGUAAAUCGCCUCACUCGCAUCAUAAGCUAUCGCAUAAGCCGCCAGCCUUGCAAGAACAACAUAAGGGUUCUUUGGAGAAGGGGAUUCCGAACGAUGGGUCAAGUAGCCGAGAUCACAGGAUCGGAGAGGGAGAAAGAGAUGCCUCUCUUCACCCUGAACAACGCGAUCGUGAGCGCGAAAACGUCCUAAACCUGAGCCGAGAUCUGGCGGCUGCAGCUGCAGCCGCAAAUCGUCGGCUUCAGCAGCCUUCUGUAGCCAUGUCUCGCAUGCAUCAUCUUCCACCUUCCUCUGGAGGCGGUCACCUGAAAAAACCACCUUCCUCUCCGAGUAGCAAGCGACAAUGGGGAGCGAUCCCACCUAACCUUGGAACGCAAUACGUAAACCCAGCGACGGGGAAGAAACGUGUUCAGUGCAAUGUAUGUUUCAAGACAUUCUGUGAUAAGGGUGCUCUGAAAAUCCACUUCUCAGCAGUGCACCUGCGAGAGAUGCACAAAUGUACGGUGGAGGGCUGCAGCAUGAUGUUCAGCUCACGCCGUUCGCGUAAUCGUCACAGCGCAAAUCCGAACCCGAAACUGCAUUCGCCUCAUCUGCGGCGCAAGAUUUCUCCCCAUGAUGGUCGCAGCGCGCAGCCGCAUCCGAUUCUCCUUUCGACUGCAGGAAUGCCUCUUCCUAAUGGUCUCAGCCCGUUGCACCCGUUUGGCCCUGCCUUUCCACUCAUUCCACCGGGAGACCACUUGCGUGGACAUCCCUCAUUGUCAGCUCUCGAGUUUAAGGCGAACAUGGAGGCCAGCAUGCAUCGUCGACUUGCGGCUGAACAUCAUCAUGCCCAAGCAGUUGCGGAAAAGCAUCAUCGUGAAAGUGCUCGGGUUUCGUUGAGCCCAGAGAACUAUCGGUACCGCAGCAGUCCUCACAGUGACACCCCUGAUCGGUAUGUGGGCUCAUCAUCAGGAGCGUCUUCUGCGGCGCCGCACCUAAACAGCUCAGGAAGCCGGCUGGAUGAUGAGGACGGUGAUGAAGACGAAGAGGAUGAUGAUGAGCGAAACGGAAUCGUCAUCGAUGGCAACGAUGUUGACGAUGAUGUGGAAGGGCAUCAGUUCGACAUGUCACUUAGCUCAGAGUCAGAGGAUGUGAAAUCUUUUGGCAGACCGGAUGAUGAUGAGGAUGCUCUGUCGGAUCGGGGGGAUGAGGAGCCACAGGAUUUUAGCCUGUCCAAACGGCGUAACAGGCCUUCGUCGGACGGAGAAGACAUCGCGAGUAACAAUGGGGACAGUAAUAGUGAGGUGACACGGGACGAUGUAAACGCGUUUCUUUCGAGCAACAAACGUAAGAGGAAAAGCCUCAAUCCCACCAAAUGCGCCGUGGCUCCGUCAUCUCAUUUGUCAAACAACGAUGAAGUCGAAGAGAAGGAACAUUUGGAGCAGAUGGACGGUGAAGCUCGCGUGGCUGUUGCGCCAUUCGAGAAAAAAAUCAAGAUGGAAUCGAUCGAAGAUGAUCAGCCACUUGCUUUGCUAAGCCCGAGUCAAAAGUCAUCACCUCAACCGGAUUCGCCACGCGAGGAGACGACGAUCGAUGCGCCAAAGCUGCAGAACGGAAACCGCAAUAGAGAAGGCAAAAAAGAAACUGAUUAUGACCGCCACAAUGCGGCAUCACCAAACAUCGAUCGGCGAUCUUCGACUGAAGAGAGCAAAAACAUCAGUUCACAUGACACGGUUCGUGUUAAAACGGAGCCGGUUGACGAAGGACUACAGGAUCAAGGUCCAACGGAAGCUACUGAUCUAUCACUGGAUCUUUCUAAAAAAAAUCCACGUUCCAGUCCUGAUGUGAACGCAAACGAAAAAUUGCAAAGCAAGUAUUCGAUAGAUGUACGACCUUCGUCUGAACUAUUGGAAAAUCCUUUGCCCCUUCUUCGACCGAAACAAGAGACCUCUGAAGAAGAUCGCCAUCGUCCUGGAUCGGCGGAUAGUAAGAAAAGUACUGGCGAAAACUUUGAUUCGGCUAACUCGUUACGUCGGCUCGAAAACUUAUCUCACGGACCGCUAAACGAUAUGAUGAUGCAACGAGCUGCAGGGUUUCUUGGAGGUCCACAAUUUCCUCCAUUAAGCUAUCUGAUGAAUGCCGCUCCGCCUAGCCCCGCCAGAUCACGUUCCCCAUCUCCGAUGGUUAAUCAAGAGCAAGACCCAGAUGAAUCCGACGACAACGUUGAUUAUUGCGAAGAAGGCAACUGUUUCAAUGAUCCAGACGUUCCACUCGACAAGGACAAUCCAAAGAAAUGUUCAGCUUGCGGAAAGCUGUUCCAAAAUCACUUUGCCGUCAAGACACAUUAUCAAAACGUCCACCUAAAGCUGCUACACAAGUGCAACAUCGACGGAUGCAAUGCCGCUUUCCCCUCAAAACGCAGUCGUGAUCGUCACGCCUCCAAUCUGAAUCUUCAUCGAAAGCUCUUGUCUACCACAGCCGACAGCAACGAAACCGUGCUAUCGAUGGAGAAGCAUCAACAACAGCAACAGUUUUCUGGUGCAGGCACUUUUCCGAGCUCAACUCUGCCGGCUGAAUUCUUGGCCCGUCUGUACGCCGACUCACAAAAGUUCCCAAUAAAUUUGGAAGCAGCUUUCAAAAGCCAUACCCUCUCACCCGGUGGUGGAGCCUAUGCCGAACACUUUCUUAACGGAGCGACAGGUCAGCGUGGUUUCUCGCCCGCAGCAGCAAAUCCCUUCUUGUUUCCACCACUCGGCGGAUUGGCGGGAUUUCCUGGACUGUCCCAGUUUUCACAUCUUUUACCGCAUCCGCUAAAUGGCAUAUCUUCGCAACUGUCCUGUAGUGGAGGCGCCGCUGGUGGUACUUGUGGUGGCCGAAUUUCGGCUUCCAGAUCCGACUCUCCGAUAUCUACAUGUUCACCUCCUGCCGCCACCAACAUUCCAUCGCCGCUUUCGCAGCAGGACAGGACCACUCCAACUUCCGGCAACGGGGGGUCAUUCCACAAUUCUUCUUCGGAUCCGCGAUCAUCCGUUGUUACCGUCGAUAACCGUCGCACACCAGAUUCACUUUCGUGA